CUCAUUUUGCAGAGGCAUCUCACCGGUUCGGAGUUUCCCCUAGUGUGACCCAGGCGUGAUGCUGGCAUGCGGGGGGAGCCCGGGCGCUAUAUAGACACGGCAGGUCCCAGAGCACAGGCACUGGCCACCCCGGGGGCUUCGGGAGAUCACCUCACCACGGAACCGGGCGACACGAGGAAGAAACACUCCUGCAUCAUGACUGGCAAGGCUGCGGCUGCUGUCCUGACUCUUCUCCUGAUCUCAGCUGUUGGAACAAAAGGUGAGGCCGUGCCACGCUCAGCCAUUGAACUGCGGUGCCAGUGCGUAGGCACCCAUUCCAAGUUCAUCCAUCCCAAGUUCAUUCAAAACGUGAACCUCACCCCCAGUGGACCUCACUGCAAGAACGUUGAAGUCAUAGCCACCCUGCGCGACGGCAGAGAGGUGUGCCUGGAGCCCACUGCUCCCUGGGUGAAGCUCAUCAUCAAGGCCAUUCUAGACAAGUGA